CAUCAUCGACGUCCCUCAAACACUCCGUGUCCCUCGCUGUUCAGCCUUGAUUUUCACCCUCGACCCGCCCUCGCUCGACCAAUCCAAAAGGAGGACCGCCUGUUGUCUCUCCCGUAUCCGCCCUUUGGCAUUCCUCUCGACACCCCUCGACGCCUCUCGCAUUGACUCGACGUCCGAACACGAGUCGAACUUCCUAUCUGACCAGUUUCUUCUGUCGAAUUAUUCGUCUUGAACAUUCUUAGCGAAUCGACAACAUAGCCAUCCGCCACCAUGCGACCAGCCAACUUUCUUCCCCGGCCUGAGCUGCUGCUCUCCAGCCUCGCAUCCCUGUCCCUAUUCGGAUCCGUCGCCUAUGCCCAGUCAGACAGCAACAGCGACAGUGCAACGAAUUCUGAUGCCAGCACCCAGGCCGACUCCAAGACCACCGAUAAACAAAACUCAUCCAGCGCCAAGGAGUCGACCACAAACAAGGAAUCCGCUUCUUCGACUCAGAAGGAUGAGCAGACUACCACCACUGAGGAUACAAAGUCGACCUCUACGGAGGAGGCGGCCAGUUCCACCACCGGGAACGACUCCACUGCCACCGACCUUGCGACAAAGAUUUCCACGAUAGCAUCUUCCACUGACGCUGCCGUCACUGGCAUGCCCACAUUGACCAGGGUCACGUCAAUUCCCACCUACCCGGCGCCGUCUGUACCACCCACCAGCAACGCCCCUUUCAUGCAACACUCCAGUGCUCCCGACGGAACUGUUUUCAUUGCAGUGGGUGCCAUCCUCGGCGCCUUCGGUAUUGCAAUUCUACUAUGGCGCGUCAUUGUCGGAGUCCUUCUCCACCGCUCCGUGGAACGAGCUGCUAAGGCCCAGCACGAUGCCAACACCAAGGUUGGCUUUCCCGCUCCUCCUGCGCCCUUCUACAAGUAUACCGACAAUGGUUCCAAUAUGUCCAUCUCUGCUGGCCGCGGCGUCCGCCGAACCACCCGCGGUCCUAUUCUCUCAUCAACCCCCAGCGCAUCCAACUUGUUCUUCUCGCCCACCGCUGCUGCUUCUGGUAAUGCUGCAGGUAACCGGGCUUCGACUUUCCUGCCAUCAGGCUUCUAUGCGGCUGGCACAAGCUCUCCUGGCGCCAACCCAGACCACUCUAUUAGUCUAACCAACCUUCGCCCCGAUUCUCGUGGCUACGCGAAUCCCUCACGCCACACAUUGAACCCGUCCCCUCCCGACUCGCCUGCUUUCAACACCCGACGUGACAUGAGCAACACCUCGCUGAACCGACCCCCGAGUCAGCGAGCCCCCAGUGCGUUCCUCGAUGACUUGCUAGCCGACGACCCAUCAGCACUCCCUCCGCCACAAAUGCCCACCUCGAGACAUUCGUCAUACGGCAACAACUCCCCCGGCCAACAGAACCGGUUCUGAAGUGCAGUUGCAUGCCGACGGUGGGCAGUAUGCGACCGACUGUUUUCACACCAUUGUCCUCGGUCACCAAAAUCGGUUUUUGGGAAGGGUUCAUCCAUUGGUUCAAUAUACGGCGUCAAGGAUCGGCAUUUUCAGGGAACGACUUGUGGAUACUCUGUGUUUUCUUGUUCUCAUCGAGCACAUGGGAGUAAUAUUUUCUUCUUCACCCUAGGGACUUUUUAAUGUGCUGGUACCUGGGAUUCCAGCGGGGUUUUCUUGUGCAACUUUG